AUUUGACGACCUCUCGAGUCUAGCACCACAGCAGCGAAACUGCAAUACACCAUAACAUCUCGAUUAACGAUCGUGCGUUGAGGCGCGAAUCGUUCCUGGCGCAUUGCAGACGCGUAAUAAUCCAGCAAUAACACACCCGCACGACAAUGCUAUCUCUGCCUGGCCUCAACUUGGCCGCGCCGCCUACCGAGGCUCUCAGCGCACCUACCACGUCUGUCACCCGGGAACAAGAUCUACCUGCCAACACCGAGUACCGCUUCGAGGUUGGCUUUUCACGCACGCUGACCGUUCGUCUGCGAUCAGGGACCGCUGAAUAUUUCGGCACUGAGCUUGCCCCUUCCACCACAUACAGCUUCCAGGGCACCAAGGGCGCAAUAUACACAUGGCAUGGCUGCAAGCUUGAGCUGGGCGGUGAAGUCGAGUCGGACUAUGUCGCAGAAGAGACGCCUAUGAUAAGCCAUGCAAACCUUCACUUUGCGCUUGAGAUGCUGCGCGACAAGAGCGUGGCAAGUAAUAGCGUCGACAUGGGCCCGAGGGUCUUGGUCGUGGGUGCAGGGAAUGCUGGUAAGACCGCUCUCGUCAAGACGCUCGCUUCAUACGCGGUCAAGAGCGGCCGCCAACCCAUGGUCAUCAACCUCGAUCCUAGGCAAGGUUUGUUGAGCGUACCCGGCUCCUUCUCAGCUGCAGCUUUCUCUUCCAUCGUGGAUAUAGAAGAAGGUUGGGGAAGCAGUCCAAUCUCUGGGCCCAGCCCUAUCCCCGUGAAGAUGCCGCUGGUGUACCACUAUGGGCUGAACGACGCUGAGGAGGGGAAGCUGUUCAAGCCGCUAGUCACGCGCAUGGCGCUUGCUGUCAUGAGCAGGUUAGAGGAGGACAAUGCGAGCAAGCAGGCAGGCUUCAUUAUCGAUAGCUCGGGCACCAUCAGCGCGGGCAAGGCUGGGGUGUACGAGAACAUAGACCAUAUUGUUUCCGAGUUUUCUGUCAACAUCCUCAUCACAAUCGGCUCCGAACGCCUAUACUCCGACCUCUCCCGCAAAUUCUCCGCCCGCUCCUCCGACGAGCCUAUCAGCGUAAUCCGCAUCGACAAAUCCGGCGGCUGCGUCGACCGCAGCCCCGAAUACAUGAAAGCACUGCGCCACGCUCAGAUCCGAGAGUACUUCUUCGGCCACGGCGAAGACGCGCUGGCGCCCAGCAGCAUGACCGCCGACUACGCCGACCUCAACAUCUUCCGCAUCAUCGAAAACGACUCGUCAUCCUUCCACGCCGGCGACGCUUCAGACACACCUUACUCGCCCACCGCGAGCCGCGAGCUCUACUCGCGCGUCACUCCGUCGGCGGCGCUGACGAACAAGCUGCUCGCCAUCACGACGGCGAAUCCAAAUGAUCGUCACGAGGUUAUCAGGGACAGUAGUGUGCGUGGGUAUGUGUAUGUGGCGGAUGUGGACGAGGCGAAGAGGAAGGUAAGGCUGCUGAGUCCGCAGCCGGGGCAUUUGCCGGGGAGUGCGAUGGUAUUGGGGAGCUGGCCGGAGGAUGUGGCAGGGUUGGUUAGUUAGGUGGGGGGAGACAGUGAAGAGUCAAGUGGAGCAGAUAGGAUGGGGGGAGUGGAGAGUUGAAGACAUUAUAAGGUGUUUCAAUUGGAAAGUUGGUAUAAUCGUACUGCUCAUCUUUGUGAG